CUCUCUCUCUUCUCUCUCUCUCUCUCUCUCUUCCUCUCUUGCUCUCGCUCUAUCUCUCUCUGUCACUCGUCACGUUACGUCACGGAAUCAUCGACAAGUCAACGGAUAGAACCGUGAACAGAUAGAACCUACCUACAACCAGCCGCAGCUGCGAUCGCGCGACAACGUUCGAUCGCGCUGGAGAGUCAACGCUGCACCAAAAGAUCGUGCGCUAUCUCGCUCCACGCGCGUUUUUCCAUCUCGCACAUUUGCGCUCUCUCGAAAUUUCGCAUUCUCUGGCUUCCUCGAGCAUAACCUAAAAAGGCGAUCGUGAAUGUUGAUAGCUUCUCAUAACGGCCCCUCUCUCGUCGUCUCUCUUCACUUAAACUUCGCUCCGCAGAUUCGUGAAAGAUCACGCGUUGCCGACAUCACGAAAGACGUUCGUAUUAAGAUACGUACGCAGCAGCAAUUGCUGCACCCGUCGCACUCGUCUACGUACGAGAAUACAGAUCUUUUCGACGUCGAGCGGUCACCGUAAAAAUAGUCAAAAUUCCGGUCCCUACUAGGAGACAAGAGGGCCCCCAUCAAACAGGCGGCAGGAAUUCGGUUACUGGCGAAGAGUCGUCGAACAAAAUGAAUAGCAAGAGGAAGAAUCGUUCCAACAAUAACAGGUACUGCCAAUCUCUUUCUGGCUUUCCUCGCCAAGAUCAUAAUAGCAGAUCUCCACGGUCGCGAGGCCCACAAGAAAGGUCUGUCGCAGCAGAUGGAAUAUAUAAUAACGGACUUUUUAUGCAUGUUGUCACAAAAAAUGUUGGGAAUACAUCACAAGUACAAACUCAAAACGGCUCCAAAUUUGAUGGUAUAUUCAGAACAUUUUCCAGUCAAUUUGAAGUAGUGCUAGAAAUGGCACAUCGUGUAGAAAAUUCUGAAAAGAUUAAUAUAGAUAGUGUGAUAGAAAAAUUAAUUUUUAAAUCCAACGAUAUUGUUACGAUACAUUUUAAAGAUGUUGAUUUAGAUUUUGCUACAAGAGAUACUUUCCAAACGGACACAUCCAUCAGUAAAUUUAAUGGAGUAGUGGGUGAGAAGGAAUUGGAACCUUGGGACGAACCAGCUGCUAUAAAUGGAGCUGACUUAGAACUGGAUGGCGCAGCUAAUGGUUGGGACGUUAACGAGAUGUUCCGUAAAAAUGAACAAGAUUAUGGUGUUCAAACAACAUUCGAGCCUUCUUUAGUAGGUUAUACUUUACAACUUCAGCGUAAAGACACAAAAGAUUAUAAAGAACAAGAACAGAAAGCAGCUGAAAUAGCAAACGAAAUCGAAUCUCAACCGAAUCACAAAGCUAGAUUGGAAUUGGAAAAUGGUGACGAAGAGGAAAGAUUCGCAGCUGUGGCAAGACCUACCGAGGGAAAGUAUAUUCCUCCGCCAAUGAAAAAAAAAAACAAUAAUACAAGUAAUGGUAAACUGAUGAAACCAAGUGACUCUCCAUCUUCGCCUGGAAGCACAAACAAAAAUAUAUAUAAUCAACCAUCUCCGUCCACGGUUAAUGUAAAUGUCCCCCAAUCAAAUAUGUCGGGUGGAGUACAAACUGGUCAUGCUUCGGUCCAACACCCGGUAUCGCUAAAUAUGGGAAUGCCACCCAAUGGAGUGGUUGUAGCAUAUAAUAAUCCGCCGCCGCCGUUUGUUACACCGACCACACAAUCACAACAAAUAAUGCAGGGUCAACUUCCCUCAUUACCACAAGUAGGCUUUUCGUCGCAGCAGCAGCAACAGCAGCAACAACAACAGCAGCAGCAGCAGCAGCAGCAACAACCACAACAACAACAACAACAAACUCCUUCGACCAAAGUAAACACGGAGAAACGCGAACGAUCAGGCAGGCAACAAGUUUAUCAGUCUGAUAAAGCGCCACCAGCGCCAUUUUCUCAAUCAAACACCGCGUCUUCUCACCAACAACACACAUCGUUGCCACAGCAAAAUUCCGUUGAAGGGCAAAUAGUUAUACACAAAUCGCAGGAUCAUAGGAAGGUGCCAACACCACGGGGAAGAGAUUCCGAGCAUUCAGAAUUGAGACAGUUCGCUACAGAUUUCAAAUUGCCAGAAUCACAAGGGCCAGAUACACCCCAGAUUCCAAGAAAACAGCAACAUCAUCAUCAGCAGGAUGUACAUUCUACUACUCCGAUAAAUCAAUCGCAUCAUCAAUCACAUACAAGUCAACAGCAACAAUCGUCGCAACCACCACCAACGCAGCAACAGCAUGCCAGCUCUCAUCAACAUCAAAGUAUUCAAGAAGAAUCUGUUAUUACCAGUAAGCCGCCACCUGGUCCACUAGUGGUAAGGUCGACAAGUCCCCAUCAACAGCAACAAACUCAAACUAUCACUCCGACAGUACAACAAUCAUCUCCACCGGAACCCGCAGUCGAUAAAAUAACUACUGCUUUCAAGAAAUCUACUUUAAAUCCAAAUGCUAAAGAAUUUAACCCGAACGCAAAACCGUUUACACCGCGCUCGCCCAGUACACCGACACCUAGUCGACCGCAUACACCUCAAACUCCUCAAUACACAGGAGCAACGAUGUCCGCGAGUGUAGUAGUGCCAGCGUAUGUGACACCAGCUUUCAGCCAACCACCCACUCAACCUGUAACACGAUUCAGAAAGGUGCCGAUGAUGCAACGAGCACCACCGGAUUUAGCGUCCCAAAUGCAAGUGGCGGCUGCGACGGGACAGCCGUUAUUGGCACCAGCCUUACAUCCGCCAUUCCAGGUACCCUAUCCAGGACAACCAGCGUAUCAGCAAAUGGUGCGCAUGGUCCAGGCACCUCCGCCACCGCCACACAUGGCUACGCCGUAUCAUCAUCAUCACGAUUCCCAAGGGCCGCAAGCUCCCGGUAUACAAUACAUGGGUCCGCACGGCCAUCCUCAUGCACAUGUACCUCAACAACCGCCCAGUCAGACGCAGUCCCCUGCCAAUCCUAAUCAACCUCACACACCAGGUGCUUAUAAUCCACCUGGAACGCCGCAACCUGCGGCGCCGUAUGCGCAACCUCCACCCCAAAGUCACGCUCCGAGCUAUCCUAUUAUGUGCCCUAUAAUGCCGCCACAUAUACCGAUAGCGCCACAACACAUGCAGUAUCUGCCAGCACAACCACCUCCCGGUGCACAGCAAACUAUACCAGUUAUUUUACCGCACAAUCAGUAGCCGCGACGUCAUCUAAGCGAAGAAAGAGAAAAAUGUUAGUAUUCUGUAAUAGAAUAAGACUUUCGACAUUUAGUUACUUUCAUGAUGGUAUAUUAUUUCGCUUGCGCUAUCUUCUCUCUCUUUUUUUCUCUCUCUCUCUCUCUUUCUCUCUAUCUCCUUCUCUCGCGCGCGUCUACAAUCUCUCUGCUUCAAUUUAUUUAAACGAUCCUUUGCUACCUCAGUAGUAUAAAUUAAGGCUUCUAGUUGUAGCCAAUAUUGAGUAAUUAUAUUAGAAAUGAGAAACAAUAGAAGUUUUUUCCAUACAAUUUACACCGAAAUAAAUUAAGUUUUUCGACCUAUGUGCCCGUCAUCGGCGUUCGGGAGCAUGAAGUAUGUCGACAAACAACUUUCCAAAUCUUCGACUCGUCAUUGAUAUGUGUAUAAAUAAUGUCUAUACAUAAAAUAUCUAUAUACAUAAAGCAUCUAUAUGUACAUAAAGUCUUGAUGCAUUUUUGUAAAGCCUAUUUUUGCUGGGAAUGUCUAUAUGAUAGACUGAAUUUAUUUGUCUGGGUUUAUUAAUGCAGGAUAAUAAAGCAAAAAUGUUCACAAAUAAAAAGAGAGCCAAAUACAAGCCGUAAACAGAAUGUCCGUGUUUUGAUGAUUUGUUCACUUUUUUGACGGCAAACGUUUCAAUCCGCAUUAGGAUCUUCUUCAGUGACAAUCUCGAUUAAAAUAACGUUUACGGUUUAUAUCGGCCCUCUCUUUUCACUUGUGAAUUUUCACGAGCGAAAGAAUUUUAUAUAAAAAUGUUCACGUUUCAGCAAUUUUACAUUAUUGAACGCCGAUGUUGAUAUGUUAUAAAACAAGUAGUUUAUUUGGAUGUGAAUUGUAUGAAGUGACAUAAACCCGAGAUAAUUUCUCGCUUCUGCCGUCAUAUGAAUGCGACGAGUAUCCAGAGAAGCCUUAAAAAUAAACAAUCGUCACAACUUUCUACAAUGAUGAACGAUUUGAAAUUUUUACAUAUUUUGCUGCAAUGAGAGAAAAAAGAUAUUUUUAAUAAACGUACGCGAAGUAAUAUAUAUUAUAAUAUGUGUGAUAAUAUUCUAAAUGGCGCGUUUUAAUAAAAAAAAGUUAAUUUUUCCAAACAAGCCGAAGAUGUCAACCAUCUUGAAAGUAACUUUUCCUUUAUAAAUAUAGGUCAGUUAUCAAAGAAAAUGACCUAUAUAAAUGUAACCUGUAUUAUUGAGUCCCUCAACCAAUUUCAUCGUUGAUGAAAUAUAAUUUCAAUCAAGUUUUAAAAAUUGCAAAAACGAUCGUUUAUCGUUACAAAAUUUCGUAAUAAAAAUCUCCGAAAAAUCAAAUUUACUUUAACCGAAUUAGCGUCUCAAAUAUGCGAGAACAUAUUCGAGAUUUCUCUGUAAUAUCAUACAAUUUUUAUUGUGUAUUGUCUGUACAAUGUUACGAGGGACACUCGUUUAAUAAACGUAUUUUACAUUCAGAAAAUCUGAAAUAUAUACAUAUGUAGCUCGCACUACUUCCAUGGAACAAAAAAUUCAUAAUAAAACAAAAUCCAGCCGAAAAUCGAAAUCUACUUGCGCAAAACUAAUUUAUAUUUUCUCUUAGUUAAUUAUUUUUUAACUAUAAAAAACAUUAAUUUAAAAAUUAGGUG